UGAGUCUGGAAGUUGACGUAUUUCGAAUUGGAGUCGUCCGGCUCCUGCGAGGGUGUAAAUGACAUAUCCCUGACCAGAAGUGUUAUGACCACAGUUACAUUAGGCCAUUUUAUUUAAGCCACCCAGCCAGGGUCUGAGACACAGCAGGGAGGCAGGUGUUAUACAGCCUAGUUUCUCAACCUGUGGUACAGUAUCAUUGGAAACACUUGGGCCAAAAUUGGAAUUUGCUCUCUUUUUUUAAGCUGUGGUUGCAGUUAAGAAAAGUGCAAAAUGUCUAGAAAUAAAAGGAUGCGAGACAAUGAUGUAAACCCAUGUUUAGAGGAAACGGAUGCUUCAUCAAAGUGCAUGGAUGACAACAACUACCAAAAGGAUUUGUGUUCAAACUACUUUAUUAAAUACAAAAACUGCAGAAAGUUUUGGAAUGCGAUUGUGGUACAAAGGAGAAGAGAUGGUGUGUCACCAUACAUGCCAGGGGCUGAAGAAAGAAAAAGUAUCCUCCAAACUCUAGGCUAUGUUCCAUAUUAAUCCAGCUGUCAAUCCCAAUUUUUAAUUUAAUUUUUGUUUUCAACACUAAAACACUGAUUAAGAAAACAUUUUGUACUGUUUUUGGUAAAGUAUAAAUAUUUUAAUAGUGUUUUAAUUUUUUUUUAUUUUAAAGGUGAACACUGAAAUACAUAUUUAUAAAAGUGGUGAAAUUCCAAAGAA